AUGAGGACCUCUCCACUGAUUCGCGCUCGGCUCGUCAGCUCCCUGCUUGCACUCUUUUCCUCAACUGCGCUGGCCGCACCCCUUUCAGUGACUCUGUCCAACAAUCCGACAACAUGUCAACCCGUGAAGGUCUCCUGGGACACCUCUUCCGGCACCGCACCUUGGACUGUCAUCAUCGCCCCGCUCGGCCACGUCCCCAUCUCUGUCUCUCUACCCGCCUCCUACAUGUCCGGCAACACAUGGUCGUACGACUGGAACGUCCCAGGCUAUCCAUCCGCUUCCAACGUUAUCGUCGCCGUGUCCGAUAGCAAAGGCGCCGUCUCCGGCACAUCCUCGCUCACCCGUCUCUCCAAAGCAGGCUCGUGUUCCGCACCAUCCGAGCAUCUCGACUUCAUCUGGUUCCCACCCGCCUCGGCUCCCAAACAGUGCGACCCCUGGCGCAUCACCGUGCAGGAGGAUCGCGGUAAUCUGGGCCUCAAGAUGCCAGUCGACCUUCUCAUCAUGCCCGAGAACGACGUGCCUACGCGACUGCGCCUUACCGGCAAGCAGUCUAGUGUCGAUUGGACGGCCAACUAUGCGCGCGGGACACAGUUUGCUAUUGCCUCGUUUGAUGCAGGCUCGUCAGGAACGGGCGGCGUUGGUGGGAGCAUCUAUACGGUUGCUGCAGGUCGGUCUGCCGCUUGUCUGAACCGGGCACAGAGCGAAGCGAUUGCCGGUCUUCCCGCUGCGUCGUCCACAGCUGCUGCGCGGGUAGCAGUAUCGACCUCAUCUGCGGCAUCACGAAUGACCACUUUGCGCAUCCACACUUCCACGGGCACCCACAUCCCAAAAUCGACCCCGACGAGCGGCAACACAGCAGCCAACGUCAACACUACACCCGAAAAGUCGGGUACUUCGACCGGUGUCAUCGGUGGCGCGGUGGGCGGCGUGCUCGGGGCGCUAGCUAUCGGGGGUCUUGCGUUUUUCUUCUGCAAACGACAGCGCAAACGUGGGCCAGACGAAUACGGCGUAUUUGCAGGCGGAGAGAAGCGCACGAUAUUCGGCGGCCGUUCUGCCGACCCAGGGAUGCCAGGCGGCCGAUUCGGAGCAAGCACUGACCAGCAGGGUGGCAUCUCACCCUUCGUCACUGGUCGAGCUAGUCCAUUCGAUCGAUUCUCCCGCAACGCGGAGAUGGCGCAAGUGCCAGCUGGGGCGGGGAUGGAGCGGGGUCAUUCGAGCAGUAUCAGUCUACAUCGAGGGAAAGGGUCGUUGGGAGGAUCGGCGUUGGGACAUGCAGCUAGUGUCCAGUCGGUCGUGCCGGACGAAGCGUUGUUCCCGCCGCCGCUGCCGAGAAACAUGGGCUGGAAUCGCGAUCGAGCCGACUCGGAUCCCUUCCGCAACCCGACCAAUCCAUACGAGGCGCCACUCCCACCCAUCCCGCAGCACCACGUAAACUUGUCGCCCUCGUCAGCAGAUUUCCCCCUUCCACCCUCGCAUUCGGCACCGCGCGACCUGACUUCGGGCUACCCAGCACCACCCCACUCCGCCGGUCUGACGACGCAGAUCCCGCCAGUACGAACAUCCUUCUUCGACCCAUACGCGCACGCCUCGCGCCUGUACGACGACGAUUCGGUCCGCCAGAUCUACCCGCAACCCGAGACGAGCGAGCGUGUGGACACGCCGACGUCCACCGCGAGCGGAGGACCGAGGUACGUCGACCCCAAGGAGUCCGCCCAGCGCUUCCGGAGGUUGGACGACCAGUUGAAGGGCGACAGGGACAAGAUGGGCAGUCGUGGAGCCGCCGACGACGAUGAUUCCGACGACGAGGGGUUGCCGUACAUGUGA